AUGACUCAAGUCAUGCAUAAAAAGCAAUUUCGUAAAUUCCUUGAAAAUCUCAUUCACUUUAUUGCGCUUCAUUUCGCUCAGAGACCAAUCAAUGAAGCUUUUACUGUUUCAUUUUCUUCUAGAAGCUAUUUAACAGAAAUCACCUCGUUUUAUUUCACCCCAAGACAAAAUCAUUUCAAAACCGAAGCAAGAAUUGUGACGAUGUUGCGUCAUGAUGAUGAUUAUUGCUUUUACUUUUCUUCUUGUUCGCUUUUCUGUCCAUCAAAAGAAAACGCAGUAGGGAAGAAACUGCUGACCUUCUACGUGAAUGGAGUUCUAAUUACUUUCAUUACACCGCCCAUCGCUUCGCAUGAUGACGAUAAAGUUAAGAGAAAAGUUUUCGAUGAUGUCGAAAGGCAAAGUAAAGAUGAACAAUAUGAGGAAAUGACUGUCAAAGCUUUCAAACUUCAUCACUAA